CUCUCCUCCGCUACAAACCAGCUCGCCACCCGCAUCUAACAUGUCGGACAACGGUUCGCCGAUGCAGCAGAAGCCAGAAGAUGGCCAGCAGGAGCAUCUGAACAUCAAAGUUACCGACAACAACAACGAGGUCUUCUUCAAGAUCAAGCGCACCACCCAGCUCAGCAAGCUUAUGAACGCGUUCUGCGACCGCCAAGGAAAGAAUAUGCAGAGCGUCCGGUUUCUCUUCGACGGCCAGAGGGUGCAGCCGGGAGACAGCCCCGACACGGUAUGUGCAUGGCCAAGCACAUUGCUACCGAGCGCUGGCUCCAAUCAAUGUUAGCUUCCUCGCUGACACCUCAUAGCUCGACAUGCAAGACGGCGACACCCUCGAAGUCCACCAGGAGCAGAUCGGUGGCUGUUAGUGUUUCGGUUGGCGAUGCAACGGUCUAGCGGAGUGCGGGCCAACACAGCGGCAGUGUGAGUGCAUGGCGUCUCAGACGGGAGCGAGAACAAUUCACGACUAUGAUGCAUUUGGCGAAAUGGCGGAGGACGAUUUUCUUAUACUUCUUGCACCAAGGUGAUGAGGGGUCUGGGUCUGGCGUCACUGGCAGGGUGCCUUGCGAAAGCCUUCGGCCACCCGACAUGUUUUUCUUUGUAGCUUUUUACACCUACCUCGGGAG